CGACCAAGAGGAGCGACAGUGUCCUCACUCAGAGCUUUGUUAUAGACCGUGGAUUCAAGUACCCUUUUAAAAGUAAUAUGAAAUGUGCGUUUUUCAGCGUGCCUUAUAUUUUGGACUUGAUAAGAACUGCAGACAUCACACGUUGCCCAAGGUGACACUGUAUACAGUGGAGCCAUCUCCUUCAUCUGACAUCCAGUGGGCUCAUUCAUGAUGAUCAACCCUCAAAUUUACCUCCAUUACAACUACACCGGCAAGCUUGACCACCGGCCCAAUGUGGGCACCAGUCCUGGCACAGUGAACGUACAAACUAUUCUCUUCCUUGUCAUAUGCUGCUUCAUUGUUUUGGAGAACCUCACUGUUCUGGUGGCCAUAUGGAGGAACCACCGCUUUCACAAUCGCAUGUACUUUUUUAUUGGCAACCUGGCAUUGUGUGACCUCCUGUCUGGAGUCACUUACCUGGUGAACUUGCUGCUUUCUGGAGAUAGGACCCUCCAACUUUCCCCUGUUCUUUGGUUCAUCAGAGAGGGAAGCAUGUUUGUAGCACUCGGAGCAUCCAUUUUUAGUCUCCUGGCGAUUGCUAUUGAGAGACACUUGACUAUGAUCAAAAUGAGGCCCUAUGAUGCCAACAAAAACUACAGAGUAUUUCUGCUCAUUGGGGCUUGUUGGUUGAUUGCUAUAUCUCUUGGAACACUACCAAUUAUGGGUUGGAACUGCCUGGACAACUUGCCAGAUUGCUCAACGGUGCUGCCUCUCUAUACAAAGAAGUAUGUUGCUUUCUGUAUAACAGUUUUCAUGGUUUUGCUUCUAGCUAUGUCUAUCCUUUAUGCAAGGAUCUACAUAUUAGUCAAAUCAAGUAGUCGCAAAGUAAGCAAGCAUAGCAACUCUGAGCAUGCCAUGUCCCUACUUCGGACUGUCAUCAUUGUUGUAGGUGUCUUUAUUGCCUGCUGGACGCCAAUAUUUGUGUUACUUUUAGUGGAUGUUGCAUGUGAACAGCGAUGGAAGUGUCCCAUACUGUAUAAAGCAGACUGGUUUAUCGCUGUAGCAGUGAUCAAUUCUGCCAUGAAUCCUGUAAUUUACACACUGGCCAGCCGAGAAAUGAGGAGAGCAUUCCUCGGGUUAGUGUGCGGGCUUUGCUAUAGGGUGAACGCAUCUGCAAAUGGUAGUGGAGCAAAGAAGUCACUGGAACCAAGCCGGAGCAGAAGCAAGUCAUGGAGCAGCCAGAACAACCCCAAUCAAAACCAGCCCAUUGGGACAAGACCAGUACUGUUGGACCAGGAUGAAGCCAGUCAGAUGCCAGGCCAGGUGUCUGUGGUCAGUGGAGGUGCAACUGAAGGCUGAGGGACUGGCAUGAUAAAGAGUGAGAUGUACAUGCUGUGAAUGGGCUGGCUCCAACUGCUGGACAGUUAACAUAAUAGUAUUUAGUGUAUUUAGUAAUAUUUAUCUGCAUGUUCAUUGCAAUGUGUAAGCCAAUGUAAUUAGUCUAUGAAUGAACUGAUAUCUUCUCAACAUUUGACCACUAUGCAAAUGCUGUUGGCUGUCGCUAAUAUUGUAAUUAUUACACAUACUGUAGCCAAUUAUUUAAUCAAGAAGUAUGCAAAUGUUAUCUGGCUUUUCUUCUGCAAUUUUAUCAGCAUGAGCGAGUAAGUCAAUAAUUCCACAGAACCACUACAGCCUUUCAGUGUUUCAACAACUGUUGCAACAGUACUAUCAGUGGUUAUUCUUGAAAGAAAUUUAA